AUGUCAUCUCCGACACCAUCCGCGGUAGUUCCCCCGGACUACGCUAAUGUGCAGAAUGGAUUCGGAGCCGCGACUGCGAUGCAAAUUCUUUAUGAAAUUGUUGAGGGAGAAGCGUACGAGAAUCUAGUAUUAUUGGACAACCUGUGCGAGCAGAUCGGGCCGCGGCCGGGCACCUUCGACACUCAAGCCGAAAUUGACGAGUCAAUCAACUAUUUCUCCACAUCAUUGCUUCUUUCGUCAAUUCAGAUUUUCAACGUAAGCUCAAAGCUGGACGCGACCGAUUUCGAUAGCUUAAGCACCUUCAUCAACUACAGCGGGAUGACCGGCACUUCGGUUAACCAGCAUAUAAUUUUCUUGAUCCGUGACGCCAUGUUAAACACUGGAUUGAGCCCCGAUUUUUUGUCAAACAUUCGAGAUGGAGCCCUUAACUCUCCUGCAUUGCUUGGGCUUAUCGAUGGCGUUUUCAAUGCCUUCGACCGUGCCGAUACAUACCUUGUGCCUCCUCCCCAACCAGUUGUACGCAGCAAGGAUAUCGAAAUUUUUGCUAAAGAGUGUGGUCGUCAAUUCCUGACGUGUCUUUCCGGGGUAACGGACUUCGUGAUUGCACAGCUCCGUCCAAAAUGCAUCCUAGGACAGCCCCUCGAUGGGCCUUCUUUCAGAGAAUGUGCCAAGGAAAUCUUCGAGAAAAGUCGUAGCAAGGCGAAGAACAGGAUUGGCAGCUUUUUCGAUGGGUGGCGACAAUUGCUGCAUGAGAGGGCGCGCAAUGCGGCACUGUCUCGCUACGAGGAGCUGUGGAGGGCGGAGAGCCAUGAAGUCAAAAAGCCCGAAGCGUUUGAUCAUCGGGCGGAAAUGAUUUUGCGGGCGUCAAUGAAGGCGUAUGCGGCAGAGCCGACACCCGAUGAUUCCAGCAAGUUUGCAGUGGCAGAAAAAUUUCGGCAAGAACUCAAGGCAAAAAACGAGGCACGCUCCCUCGUGAACUCUAAGCUCUACGAGAAAGAAACACUCGGCGGAGCGGUGGAUGCUGGACUGAGAGCUUACGACAUCGUUGUUCAACCAUUGCUGAACGACUUCUUCGAAGAAGUCACAGCUGGAGCUGCCGUCGAUGCGCAUAAUCAAGGUCAAAUCGCAGCAAUCGAGGCCUUUGAUCGAGAAACGACACCAUUCUUACAUGAAUAUUAUGGUCAGAUUCGCGAAAACCGCGAACGUCUCGUAGCCCUUCUGGAGAACAAAUUGACGGAUCUAAGGCACGGCAAUGCUUUGAAUUGGAUACGAAUCAGAGGACUGAACUUCGUAGAGGGCGGCAUCAGUCAGUACAAACUCUAUCUACAAGAGGCGACAUCGACUGUUGCUGAAGAAAAGGACAUCGAUGCCGCUAUUAAGAGCGCAAGGCUCCGUCUUCAGCAGUGGAUAGCCGAAGAAGAAGAGACGAUUCUACAUAGCUUUCUUCAGGAACAACCUCACCUGGACCCCGAAAUGACGAGGAAACACUUUCAGACCAUUCGUGACAAGGGGUUGUCGCGGGCUCUAACGAGCUGUGAUGAGGACUUUCAAGAACGGAUUUCGUUUGCCAUUGCCGUGCAGCAAAAAGAUGCUAUGAUGCAGCAGCGCCUGGCUGAACUUGAGGAUCAACGCGCGCUUUGGGAAGAACAAGCAGCGAGGCUCAGUGCGGACAGUCAACGACUACAAAAUAUGAAGCUCGCUACCCCGCAGGCCAAACAAAGGGCUCUGCAGGAAGCGCAGCAUAAGGAAGCGGAAGCGCGGCAAAAACGGCAGCUGGCCGAUAAAGAAAGCGAAAGGCUCACUGCAGACCUACGUGCUUCCAAAAGGUUGCUUGCGGAGCGAAGGGAAUCUACCAGAAAAAAGCAAUUGCUGAAUGAUCGCCGCCGCCAGGAAGAGGCAGAGAGGCGGGCUGUCGAAGCAGAAGAGCUUCAGAAAAUAGCUGAGGGGACGCGUAUACAAAUGGCCACGCGGCUGGCCAUGGAAAAGAAGGUGAUGAACGACACGCGUUUGAGAUAUAACAAAUCGGAAGCUGCACUUGGAAUCGAUCUGGGCACCACUUACUCUGCCGUUGCGGUUUUCGUUGGUGAUGAGCCAGUCAUUUUGCCGAACGAAUACGGAAAUCGAACUACUCCAUCGCAAGUGGCGUUCAGCGAGGGAAAGACUCUGGUCGGUGAUGCCGCAAAAAAUCAAGGAACUAGAAAUUCUGGACAAACCAUUUAUGAAAUCAAGCGUCUAAUGGGGCGACCGUUUUGCGACGAGCAUGUCAAGACCAUUACGGAAAAUUGC